AUGUCCUCCCAAAACCGGCCAGUCGGCGACGAGGUCGCGACAACCCCGGCAAAGCGUCCGGCCCGAAUCACCGUCUCAGGCCGCCAUGUCUCCCUCACGCCCCUCUUGCCAGAGCACGCAACAGCACUGUUCGCCCAUGUUGGAGGCGCUGAGAAUGGAUGGCUGUGGGAUUACAUGGGCGACGGGCCGUUCCUGGACCUAGGCACCUUCCGCGACUCCAUCGCGCAAAAGGCCAGGUCGGAAGACCCCUUCUUCUUCGCCAUCGUGGACAACAGCGGCACGCAGGACGUGGUCGGCUACGCGACGCUCAUGCGCAUCGACGCGGCGAACCGGGCCGUGGAGGUCGGCAACAUCAUGUUCUCGCCCCGGCUGCAGAGGACCCCCGGCGCGACCGAGGUCAUGUACCUCCUCGCGCGCAUGGUGUUUGAGGAUCUCGGGUACCGCCGGUACGAGUGGAAGUGCAACGCGCUCAACGCGCCGUCGCGCCGCGCGGCCGAGAGGCUGGGCUUCACGUUCGAGGGCGUCUUCCGCAAGCACAUGGUCGUCAAGGGCCGCAACCGGGACACGGCGUGGUUCUCCAUGCUCGAUGACGAGUGGCCGGCCAUCAAGGCCGGCUUCGAGGCCUGGCUCGCGCCGGAGAACUUUGACAAGGACGGCAAGCAGAAGCGUGGUUUAGCAGAGAUCCGGCAAAGUUGA